AUGUCUAGAGCCUUCGCUUCCCUCCGUACUGUUGCCCAGGCAACCAGAGUUGCUGCCCCACACAUGGCCAGAAGAUUGCCUAUUUUGGCCGGUCCCGCUCGUUCUUUUUCAUCUUCCAUCAUCCGUGGUAACCAAUCCACCGCCGCUUUGCUUGAUGUGGUGAAGUCCGAGUACAAAAUUGCCAGCUCCAUCGAGAACGAAUUGGCUCCUGACCACGUGCAGUUUUUGAAGGAGUCAGGAUUCGAGGUUAUCCAGAAACCUGGCGAGUCCAAUGUGCAGCUCCUGAAGACUUUGGAGUCCGGUGAGAAACUCACUGUUUUCUUCGACAUUGACGAGGUUACUGAUGUUUCCUUCGGCUCUCCUGAGGUCCCUGAGGAGGAGGAUGGAGCUACCGAGGAGCAGCUCGACGAUGAGCUCUACCAGUACGACUCCACCUUCGCCAACGUGAAGGUGUUGGUUUCCAACGAGGCCAAGAACAACGGUUUGUUCUUCAACUUGAUGUUGCAGAGCUCCGAGGAGGAGUUUUUCGUUGACUACUUCAACUACAAGCCCGACGUUGCCUCUUUCUUGAAGCAGGUCGAGGACAAGGGUGUCUUCUUGGGCAACUUUGAGUACCAGGGCCCACGUUUCUCCAACUUGGAUGAGUCCUUGCAGGCCUCCGUGGAGAAAUACUUGGACACCAAGGGCAUUGACUCCUCGUUGGCCGACUUUAUCUUUGGCUACGCUGAGGUCAGAGAGGAGCAGUCCUACAGAGAUUUGUUGAAGGACGUCACCUCGUACUUGAAGCAGAACUAA